UUUAACCGAUACUAUGAAAUGUACAGUUUUGGUUUAUGUAUAAACUAUAAUUAACUUAAAUUGAGUUAACUUAGUACGCAUUUUUCUACAUAAAUUAGACAGUUAACAAACACCAUGGCAAUCAGUAAUCUUCACUUACUACCAGUUUCGUUGUUUAUUUUAUUCCCAUCGACAUUUUUAGGAACGUAUAUUGCAGCGGUGCUUCAAGGUCAUGUAGAACCUGAAUUUCCCUACAUCAGUGAUGAUGCCACCUACUCGCCUGAAAGCUGUGUAUUUGGCCAGUUGAUCAAUACUGGAAGUAUUCUUUUGUGCCUCCUUGUAUACAUCCGCUACUGUGAAGUUGUCCAGUUUUUCGAAGACUAUUCAAUCUCUCCGAGAGCCAUAAAGCUGAACAAGGCAGGCUUGUGGCUUGGCCUGUUGUCUUCCUUUGGCCUUAGUUUGGUCGCCAACUUCCAAGAGACUAACGUAAUAUACGUCCACUUUGCUGGUGCUUUGUUGUGUUUUGGAGUUGGAACUAUUUACUUUUGGGUUCAGGCUGUUCUGUCCUCUCACCUUCACCCGAUCGCUCACAGUUCUGCUAUGGUUUGGUUCCGCUAUGUGUUGUCAGCCAUAUGUACAGUACUCUUCUUUGUCAUUUUGGUUACGGGAAUAAUCUCGCAUCUACAGUUUCAUGGUAGCAACCCACGCAAGUGGCACCCAGAAGACGGAGGUUGGGUUCUACAUGUGAUUAGCACUGCGUCAGAAUGGGUUGUGGCAAUCUGCUUUUGCCUCUACAUACUAUCGUUCACCUCAGAGUUUAGGGAAAUAACAUUCACGCAUCCACAGAUAUUUCUAAAAAUGGGAAGACAGCCGAUUCCAGAAACAGAAACCAAUGAAGUUUUGAGCUGAUCAGUGAAUGAAGAUUGCUCCCAGACUUCAUCAAAUCUACAACUAUCAACAAACUCUCUCUCGUCAUUAUCAGAUUCGGAUGAAGCUGGCAACAGUUCCUCUAGUCAAGAAAAGUCAGUUGAAGAAGAAGAUGAUACUGAAGACAGCCGUAGUAGACUAAUAGCUUUGUCUCUUUCCUUACUAAUGGCUGCAAUUCUACAGGCCAUCCGAUCUCUGGGUACAGUUUUACAAGACGUAGUCCAUACAUUCCAGUGGGAUGUAGAUUCUUAGUUUAAGUAUUCUGAGCGAAAUCAUGGACAAAAAGAAUGAAAUAUAGACUGUCAGCCGUGCUGCGGUUGCCGGCGCACACCGCUGUAGUUUACGUAGCGCGUACGCCGUAACCACCGUGGUGCUCCAAGCGGUGUGCGCCAGAACCUAUGGUAAUCGCAGCACAGCUGACGGUCUAUAUUUAAUUCUUUUUGUCUAUGGCGAAAUACACCACUUCCUAACAUGUUUAGAUUUGUAAAUACAGUACGUAGUAGAAAAAGUAGUUUUCUCUUUUAGUGCACUACGACCCCAUUUUCAAAGUAUAGACAUAUUCUGUUUAGUUAAGAAUAUUUUGUUUGCCGUUUGCAGUUUGGUUAAAAUAAAGUAUGUUUACUUCUGCAGAUAACCAGGUUUGAUAGUGUAUUGAUAGUUAGGACUUUACCAUUUCACUGUUUCAACUUUCCUUAUUGGACUAGAUUUUAUUGCCAUAAAAAAUCAGGAAAACUGAAUGUAUGCUAGAUUAAUCAGCUAUGGAUCAAUGUUGAAAAACUUCUGUUCAGAAUUUCUGAAAGGAAUGAAUUGAAAAUGAACAACGUACCUACAUUGCAACUUUUCAAUUUUGUGAAUUAGAUUAAUUUUUUGUGUCCUAAGUAUAAGAUUUCCCU